AUGGACCCCUCAUCACCGGCCAAGAGACGCGCCCUCGCGCCCUUGAACGCGAAUGUGAACGCGAUGUCGCCCACCAAGAUGCACAAGCACAGCAAGGUGCCCGGGUCGCCUCGCAAGAGUCCCAUCAAGACGCCAUUGGGUCUCAAGCGGCCUCUCGCCUCUGUCAUCUUUGACGAGAACGCCGUCGCGAGGAAGAAGCAGUGCCAUGAGCCGGCCGCCGCCGCACCCUCUGUGUCUGCCUCUGCCAUUGCCAAUGCCUCUGCACUCGUGCCGCCGCAUGUCUCUGCUGUUACUCCCGGCCCUGCUACACCAGCGGCUGCAUCCGAGGACACGAUCGCGUCCUCGUCUACGCAUAUGUCAGCAUCCACACCAACUCCCGCCGCGCCCGCACAAACGGAGAUGGGCAUGGAUCCCGAAAAGGAGGAUCGGAGCGAGCAACAGGACCAACUCGAGGAACGGAAACUGCACAACGAACCACGUGAGCAACGACAGCUCGAGAAGGUGCAACCCCGCGAGGAGCAACAGAUGCUACGGAAUCGUUCCGCGUCGCCCGACACAUCGUCUGUGUUUGAUAACUCGGCCAUGGACACGUCGCAGGAGAACACGACCAUGCUCACCGAACCCGACGCAGAGCAGACCGCCAGGGCCCAGCCCCCGGCGAGGCCUAGGAGGUUGUUAACCCGCGAGGAGGCGCGACAGAAAGCCCGAAUCCUCCGAUUGAAGCUCGGCCUCGCAAACUACAAGCUCCAGACGGGACAGGAAGAUGUGCCCCUCGACAGGCUAGAGGUGAAGCCGCGCCCGGGACAGCAGCGGGAGACCAGCCGUGAGAGGGCAUUGCCGAGGGUCACGGUGCAGCCACCCUCCAGCCGUGACGGGCCUCCGGAGAAGGACACCGAGGAGACAAGUACUAAGCAACGCGAGAACGAGCCGGAACCCGUUGCCGACGUCAAGAAGACGACGGAGCCGGUCAUGGCUGAAAAUACCGCGGAGCCGCGUCUGGUGACAGCUGAGACGGGAGACACCGAGGAUGAGGACGAGGACGAGGACGAGGACGACCCAACAAGUGCCGUCUGUGGUGGCGUCACGAGCAGUCUUCUUAGUCUGGCACGGGCAUCUUCUUCUGUCUCUUCCUCAUGA